AUGCCGGGUGAGGAGUACAUCAUGUCCUCAAAAGCGUGCGUCUACGUCUUGGGCGGUGAGGCCAACACCGCGUCGUUGUUCGACUUCGACGGCGUCUACGUGCUGGACGGCGGGUUCGCCGACAAGUCGCAAGGAUUUGUCGCCAACGUUCGCGAAUGCGCCGCGGUGAUCCUCACAGCGCCAACCGCCGGAAAUCUGGGAACGACGGCUGCGUUGUUGGAGAAGGGCAACUCCCUGCCUGUCUUCACCAACACCAAACCACUCAAAGGAGCGAAGUCAGGAAGCAGUGGAGAAGUCGUCAAAGCGAUUCAGGAGGCCAAUUCGAAGCUUCUCUCUCCAACAUCCUUGAUUUUCGACCCCAAAUACCCGGCACACGUUUUGUAUCAAUCUUACUCCAAAGGAAUCCUCUCCCUGUACAUUUUGGCAGGAGACACCAAGGAUGCGGAGGUUGUGACCAAGGCGUUGGCCGGAGGAAACGAGUCAGAGGUCGAGAAGGCUGGCGCAGAGCACGGAACGAUUGGAGUGCUCCUCUGGAGACCUGCAGAGGCCGAGAAGCCAGUGGUGCGAGUGUUGGUGUCAGGAAAUUCGAGCCUUUCUCGCAUCCAACAAUCUCUGGACAAGGCCGCAAAGGCUCUCCCAUUCCUCAACGCGCCAACUGUCAAGUCGAAGGAUGCCCUGACUGCAAUUCCAGCUCCAGCAAUCCCAAGAUCCGCAGCAACCAACCCUGCAGCUAAGCCAGCCGCUGCGAAGCCAUCUAGACCCACCACAGCUGCUCCAGCGAGAGCUCUCACUUCUCGCGCGCCAGCUCCAACUCCUCCAUCAUCCCGGCCAGCUUCCAAGCCAGCUAUGGCACCGGCUCGCGGAGCUCCAGCGAAGCCAGCUCCAGCCAAGCCAGCUCCAGCCAAGCCAGCCGCUCCAGCUAAAGCUGCGCCACCAUCACGAUCAGCUCCAGGAGCUCCAAAAGCUCCAGUAUCCGCCCCAAAGGCUCCAGUGAGAUCUUCCGCUCCACGGGCAUCCGCAGAGCCCGUUGCUCUGAAGAAGACAGUCGGGAAGGUUCAGGGAGCGGCUCCUACGAAGACAAGCCGUCCAGUGGCUGCCAAGAAGGAUCCAUCGCCACCUGCUGCUUCAGCUCCAGUGACCACACCGGCUCCAGUAGCACCGGUAAGUCCAAUGGAGCCCGCUGUCCCCAUCGCCUCCAUCGUUCUCGACGGCGUGCCAAUCGAUUUGGACCUCCUCCCAGCUUCUGGAGAAUCCCACCAGCAACCAGUCGACAUCGUUCUGAUCCCACCAACGCCAGAGCCGCCACGUCAUCACGACGACGAGGAGGAUCAGAAGAAGAAGGAAGCGGUGCCAGAGCCACCAAAAGAAGUCGAUGACGUGGCGAAUUUGGCCGACGUGGAGGAUGAGAUUCAGAAGGAUCCCGAGGCUCCAGAAGCUCCAGAGGAGAAAAUUCCUGAGCCCAUUGACGCUUUCAAGAAGCCAGAACCUUCUGAUGACGUGGCUAAAGAGGCAGAAGAGAAGCCAGAGACUCCAAAAGACGUGGAGGACAAGAUCCCCGAGCCAAUUGACGCGUUUAAGAAGCCAGAGCCUUCUGACGGUGACGUCGCUAAGGAUCCUCUCGCCGACUUCGACCCAAUGAAGCCAGAACAUCCAGAACCAUCGGCUCCAGCCGUCCCAUCCGGCCACGUCAUCAUCUCCACACCCGACCCGGAUCUUCCGGACAUUGCUGCGGCGGUUCCGUUCGUUGCACCGACUCCCCUGGGUCCAAACGACGGACUCAUCAAGUUGGACGAUGAUUUCGUCAAGAUUGCACCUGGGUUCGAGGAACCCCUGAUUCCACAAGCUCCACGUGAGGAUGGAACACUUGCCGAUUGCAGUGAGGAGCUCUCCAAACUCGUGGAGAUCAGUAUGGAUACCGACAAGUCUACGGAAGCCGGCACCGCCCUCGCUGAAGCCAUCGGAGACGUCACUCAACUCGCGGCGGGAAUUCAAACUCUGGCGCUGGACGAGAAGACGGACGAGUACGUUCGAAAGCUGAGCAAUCAGAUGAUCGAAGAGGCGACGAUGCCGUUCACCAGCGCCUUCGCCAAUAGCAUCGUUUCGAAUGGUUCCGAGGAUCAUGGAGUGCCACAAGAGCCCAACGGUCAUAAUGCAGUCACGAAUGGUGCCGCCAAGCACGACUUGAUGCAAUCUCGCUCCAGUUUAGUGGAGUCCAAUGGAGCGCCAGUGGAAUAUGAGAAGACUGACCCGGCACUCGAUGAUAUUCUGAAUGCGUGCGCUCAGGAGAGUGAGAAGAUCGAUUCCAAGGAGGUGUUGCAUAUGCCAGUGGCCCCGGGAUCUGCAGUCGUCAAGGCCACCCGUUUCGCUCGUCCCUACUACUUCGAUGUGGUCACUGCGCCGAGGAAUGAGAAGCUGGAGACGACGGCGUCGGCUGAAGGACUCCAGGAGUUCAUCUCAAAGGUUCGAUCGAGAAAUGUGAUUUUGGCAUCGAAGGAGAUCACUGGAGAACAGUUACAAGCACUGCUUCUCGGGAAACAGACAUGGUGUGAUGGAGCGCACUCGUGCACCAUCAUCCCGACGCACUCCUCGCCGAACCUUCUGGACUUCCGUCACCGAAACGAGGAACAACUCGCCACCGUCCAUCUCGUCCUAUCGGCUCCAGUUGAGAAGCAACGGACUACUGUCAGUUCGGAAGCCGGCGCCACCGACUACGAGUUGGCCAAAAUCUCAUUGGAAUAA